AUUCGGGGGAACCUGCUGCCCCACCACUCAGCUGAUGGGAUGGCUGCAGAAAUGUUAAUGUCCUUAUAUAUUUUACUUAUUUAUAAUCCUUGGCUUUUGUGCUUUUGGUGUAAGAUGAGGGACAUGGUGUGCAGAGCUUGCUUUACGCAUCUCGUGAGAGACUUGCCAGGUUCUGGAAUGCGACACCACAGGGAUUUCUCUCUCGCAUUGAUUUUCCCUGCCUUCUGAAUACGGUUCUCGAAGGCAGGCGGUUCUCAAAUAGGAGCUCCAGCGCGCAGAAGUCCUGUGUGGCGUCACGGCCAUUGUGCGGUUCCCAAAGAUGGCUGCCGCUGCAGAUGCACUAAUCUGCGCGUGCGCCACAGCAUGGGGGCGGUCGCCCCCUCUGCCCAGUGCGGCAGUGGGGGAUGGGCAGUUGGUGCCUCUUCUGCCAGGCAGGAAUUUCAGCUGCACCCUUCCCGGAGCGCAGUGUUGAGGGGAGGAGGCGGGCCUGAGUGGGCGGUUACCCCUCCUCAAAGCGCCGCAGCUUGGAAGCGGGCGGGGUGCUCAAGCGCAGCAGAGAUGACAUCACCUCCGCCUCGCAGUGGAGAGGGCAGCAGGAGAGGGAGUUUGCGCAUCCUCCUGGCGGGGUUGGCAGCCACCUGCUUCACCUGUCUGCUGCAGUUGCUCUUUCUCUGCUGUGAUGUAGUGGGGGGAGGGAGGAAGAAGGGCACAGGUUUGCUCAGCCUCUGCCUUGUGGCGGCCCCCACUGUGUGGGAACACAGUCCCGCAGUGGAGGGGGGAGGGCAGUGCUGCCAGGGAUUUUACAGGGGACGAUUUGUACCUUCUAAACCUGCUUGGAAUGAUGGUCACGCUGCCCCCCUUCUUUUCUGUUGCACUGUAGAGGAGAGUUGUGGGGCCUUGGAGGCCAAGAAGGGCAAGGCUUUCCCGAGAUCCAUCGUGCUACUUAAGGCAGCCUUCACCACUGUUGGAGCUCCUAUGAAAAUUUGGGACCGCUUACACCUGAGACGCACUACGGAACAGCACGUACCAGAGGUGGAAGUGCAAGUCAAACGUAGAAGGACAGCCUCACUGAGCAACCAAGAGUGUCAGCUGUACCCGAGGCGAUCUCAGCAACAGCAAAUACCUGUGGUGGAUUUCCAGGCAGAACUGAGACAGGCAUUCUUAGCUGAGACACCAAGAGGUGGUUAAAGCAGUAUCGGAACAUCCAGGUAGCUGGUUGGAAGCGAAAAACCAGGCUCCAUCUACUGUUUGAAGCUUCUGCCCCAGCUUGCAUUGUUUGUAGGAGAACCUGCGUCAUACCUUUAUCUGUAGCCUUCCCUUAG